CACUCUAGAAGUCUCGUUAGUCGUAGUUAGCUGCUUGUACCAUCUUCUCUUGGAUCUUUUCGGAUCUUAAAGAAUUUCCGGUCACUGCAUGGAUCUUUACGAUGUCCACGGGUAGAUGUUUGUACCAGAAAGAUUUUAUUUUAUCGCAAGCAAUUCAAAAUUAAUCAAAAUAAUUGCAAAUCAAGUGGAUUUUAGCACGAAGUAAAUGCAUUUUAAUGAACGGAACAAAAAUGCUGGUUAUUGAAUCUGUAUAGAUAUGCAUCAAAAAGUUCUUUUAUUUUUGCUUAUCUUUAUUGAGUUUCUGUUCUGAACGGUGUUUGUCUAUUUCAAUAUUGGUGAAGAGUUUUUUUCAGUUGCUUUUUAUUGGGAUAUACGCAUUGGCUGAGUAAGUGAUUUAUGGAAUUCUGUUUAUACAUCUUUGUGAAAAAAUACCUGAGAUUCGAAUCUAAUAUGUUUACUCGACGGACGGUUUUUCUUGUCGCAUAUUCAACUGAAAUACAAUUACGUAAAUUUUUAUAGCCUUCAGAUUUAGUUCUUUCUUUUCAGGAAAACUAAUUUCAUAUUUGAUUAAAAUAUAGUCACUUGAUCGGCAGUUUUACAAACUGCAGAGUCUACUGAAAUAUAUUUGUUUAAAAAACAGUUUAUUUUGCAUGAUAUUGUCAAUAAUCUUAUAGAACCAUUGCUUAAUAAUUGUAGCAAUGUGGAAUAUUUAUUAAAGUACUGUCUAAUAGUCGUCAAGGAAAGUACUUCUUGGCUCUAUUUUCAGAUAUUUAUAAAAGAAUAUGAUCACCGAGAAAAAUAUAUCUUUUGCAUCUGGAAAUAAAACAUGCUUAGAAUUUAUAUCUUUCUAACCAUUUUUUUUUUAUUCUUGUUCGAUAAAUUUCGCAGAUAAAUUUUUUGGGUUCUUAAAAGACACGAUGAAUGAAUCUAAUGCGCAAAGAGCCAUCAAUUUCAGCUCCAUAAAGUCUAACAAUCAUUGAGGCAUACUUGAAAAUAAUUCUUAAAAAAUGUCCUAAUUUCUGACGUUCUUACAAUUCCUGGAAAAUGGUUAUCGAAGAGAAAGCUCCAACUUUUGUCCAAAAGCCGAAACUGCGGCAAGAGUAUGAAGGUGAAACCAUUCUUUUCGAAUGCGUUGUUAUGGCUUAUCCCAAACCAGAUGUUACCUGGUAUUUCAAUGACAACCUCUUGCACAGAACAAACAAAGUGGACCCUCUAAUACGAGAACUAAGUGCAAAUCGUUUCUAUAUAGCGCUAAAAAUUAAGGAUCCUGAAGAUGAUGAUUCUGGAUUAUAUAAAGUAUGUGUGUCUAACAGGAAAGGAGAUGCGACGGCCUCUAUCAAUGCUAAUUUCCGAGCUGUGGAAGAACAUAGCCCGGAUAAGAAGGCCCCCGUGUUCAAGAAGAAGCCUGCCAUCCGGCAAGAGGAUGAUGGCGACAGGCUUCUUUUCGAAUGCAUCAUCGAAGCUAAUCCAACUCCAACAAUAACAUGGUUCAGGGAUGAGAAACCUGUGGCUUCACAAGGUCGAUUUAAGAUCAAGUGCGAUCGCAAAGGAGAUGAUUAUCAUUGCGCCCUGGUGAUCGACGACGUAGAAGAGGAAGAUGGAGGAAAAUACAAAGUAACGGCCACGAACAAUCUCGGAGAAAGUAGUGCCACUAUUAAUCUAAAUUUUGACACUGAAGAAGAUGAAGAAGAAGAAGGGAUCCCAGUUUUUACGGGAAAACCUGUCAUUAAACAGAGCCCUGAUUUCAACAGCAUUAUUUUCGAAUGUAACCUCACUGCUGAUCCUAAACCUACGUUACUAUGGUUUCACAACGGAAAGCCUGUCAGUGAAGGGGGACGGUACAAAUCUUUGCUCAAAGCCACCUCUUCGGGCUUCUUAGCGACUUUAGAAAUUGCUCAAGUAGGCUCCGCGGAUGGCGGAGAGUACAAAGUAAUUGCCAAAAAUUCCGUAGGAGAAGGCUCGGCGGCUAUAAACCUCAAUUUUGAAGGUGAUGCAAGUAAAAAAAUUCCUGGGGGUAAAGCGCCGAGAUUUCCUAAAAAGCCUGCCAUUAGGCAAGAGGGCGAUUCCCUUUGUUUGGAAGUAGUUUUAGAAACACAUCCAUUUCCUAAAAUUACAUGGUAUCUUGGAAAUAAAGAAGUCAAAGAAGGACCAAGGCAUAAAAUUACUAAGAAAGAAACGGCAAAGGAUACUUAUUUACUAAGUUUGGAAAUCUUGGAUCCUUCACCGGAAGAUGGAGGAACAUACAGAUGCAAUGCCGUAAAUGAACUCGGAGAAAGCAAUGCCAAUAUUGCUCUUAAUCUUCAAGGCGAGGCUGAAGGUCCCACCUUCACCCAGAAGCCAAAGAUCAUUCCAAAAGAAAGUGGGAAACUCAUCCUGAUGGAAUGCCAUGUGAAAUCCAAGUCGGCUCUGAAAGUGACAUGGUUCCAGGGCAAUAAAACAGUGCAGGAAAGUCUCAGGAUAAAAAGUUCCAUUGUUGAACUUAGGGGUAAUGAAUACAAAGUAGCCCUUGAGAUAAGGGAUCCAUCUUCUAAAGAUGGAGGAGUCUAUAGAUGCAACAUAAAGAAUGACGAAGGAGAAAUAAAUGCCAAUUUGAAUUUGAACAUAGAAGGUGAAAGAAUCGAAGGAGAUGCCCCUUCGUUUGUCGAGAAGCCAAAAAUCACUUCAGAGGAAGAGGGGAAAAGGAUUAUUAUGGAAUGUAAAGUGAAGGCUAACCCCAAGCCUACCAUCACGUGGUACUUGGACAAUGUAGUAAUUAAAGAAACUUCCAGAAUAAUUCAGACAGUGAAGCAAGAGAAAGAUAUCUACACCAUUCGAUUGGAACUCAAGAAUCCAGAACUGACUGAUGCAGGACUCUACAAAUGCAACGUUAAGAAUGUGGCAGGAGAAAGCAAUGCUAAUUUAACUCUAAAUAUUGAACUGGCUCCGGUAAUUCGUGAGAAGCCGAAAGUCAUCCGCCGGGAAAGGGAGGAAAAGGUGGUGAUCGAAUGUCACGUGAAAUCAAGCGCUCCACCUGAGUGUAUUUGGUUCAAGGAGAACAGCGUGGUGCGUAUGGACGCCAAGCACAAAGUGCAAGUGAAAAAAAUAGAAAAAGGCGAAUAUGCUGUUUUGCUGGAGAUUGAGAAACCUUCAGCUGUGGACAAGGGCCUGUAUAAAUUACAAGCUAAGAAUGAGAAGGGUAUCAUCGCAUCUGAACCCAUCAAAGUCACUUUAGAAGAUGAACCAAAGGAGGAAGAAGAAGAAGACAAAAAGAAAAAGAAAAAAGUCCCAGAAAAAAAAGAUGAACAAAAGGAAAAUAAAACUUUAGAGAAAAAAGAAGAACAAAAAGAGACAACUAAAAAAGUUCUGGAGAAGAAAGAAGAGCAAAAGGAAACUGCGAAGAAAGUUGCAGAAAAGGAAGAAGAACAAACCGCAAAGAAAAUAUUGGAAAAGAAGGAAGAAGAGAAAAAAGUAGCAGAGAAGAAAGAAGAGCAAAAGGAAACUGCGAAGAAAGUUGCAGAAAAGAAAGAAGAACAAACCGCAAAGAAAAUAUUGGAAAAGAAGGAAGAAGAGAAAAAAGUAGCAGAGAAGAAAGAAGAGCAAAUAAAAGUAGCAGAAAAGAAAGAAGAACGAAAAGAAGUGAAAAGCGUCACAGAAAAGAAAGAGGAGCAAAAAGAAGUGAAGAAAACUCUUGAAAAAAAAGAGGAGAAGAAGGAAAUAAAGAAGACCCUAGACAAAAAAGAAGAACAAAAAGAAAUGGAAACGAAGAAAACUGCAGAAAAGAAAGAGGAACAAAAAGAAAUAAAGAAAACUGAGCUGGAUAGGAAAACAAUUGAUAAAAAAGAGGACGUAAGCAAAAAGGUAACUGAUCAGAAAGAAGUCACUAAGAAAGAUCAGAUUGCUGCUAAAACUGAAGCUGAGAAAAAAGAAGUAGAAAAGAAAGCAGCUGAAAAAGUUGGAAUCGAAAAGAAAGAACUGAAGGAGGUCUCCAAAACUGAACAGAGAGUCACAGAUGAAACUAAGAAAGUGACUGAUAAAAAGGAAGUUCAGAAGAAAGAUAUCACCGAUCGUAAGGAAUCAAUCAGUACCGAUCGUAAAGAUUCAGUUAAAGAUGAACCGGAGACGAAGACUCCGUUUAAACGACAGUUGCGAAAAAUACCUCCUCCAAAACAAGAACCUCCACAGGAUGAACUUGGAAAAAUUGUUCUCAAGAAGCGUACUGGUGUGAAACCGAAAUUUACCAAAACUUUCGAAUCAUUGACAGUGGAUGUGGGAAAAUCCGCCGAGUUUGUAUGCGAAAUCGAGUCCAAGGAGAAGGCGACUGUGACUUGGUACAAAAAUAAAAAAGUGAUCGACGAACCACGAGAUUACAAAAUUUCUUUCGACGGAAAGACUGCUUCCAUUUACAUGCAAAGAACAACUAGGGACUUCAGCGGCGUAUACACGUGCGAAGCCUCCAACCAGUUCGGCAAAGAAGAAACAUCUGCCACUCUUUUCGUCAAAGAACCGGGAAUGAAAAUGCCCGAAAUAAAAGAAAUCGAACGCUCGAAAGCUACUCCUUUGGAACCUAUGCCGAUUUUUGAGCAAGACGAACCUGAGAAAAAGAAAGCAGAAGUGAAAAAAGUUGUUAAGAAGAAGAAGAAAGUGCCUGGCAAAGCAGCGCCUGGUGAAGAUGAGGAAGAGACACCAGAGAAGGAGAAACCUGAAGUCCCCGAAAUCACAACCGAAGACCAGGACAAGAAAGGAGCCCGUCCUGCUCCUGUUACCAUCGUCAAAGAAGCCACUCCUGAACCUCCGGCUCGCAAGAAUUCUCUAGAACCUCCUUCUGGUGCUGGAAGCCGAAGAGGUUCAGCUAGUAACCUAUUGAGCUUUACACCUCCUGGGGGUUCCAGAAGAGGGUCUAUAACUCUGAUUGCGGAUGAGAAAGGAUUGCUUACGGACGAGAAGGGCAACGUAAAGAAACUGAGGCCCGGUGAAGUUUUGGAGGUGAGGCAGAAGAGAAAAUCCAGUACGGACAUGCGUCGCGCGAGUAUUUCAGAAAUCGAAGAACGAAUCGACAAACCGUCAACCCCUCUCCGAAAAAUUCCAGAAGAUGAGGAAUGUGCACCGACUAUUGUAGAUUAUCAGGAAAACGUGACGGCAAUUGAAGGUGCUACUGCAUACCUGUGCGUACAAGUAGAAGGCAACCCCGAACCCGAGUUCCGAUUUUACAAGGGAGAGUCGGAGAUCUUCGAAGGCGGUCGAUACAAAGUUGUUACGGACGGGGAAACAAAUACCGUCUAUUUCUGCAUCCGUAAAGCAAAAUCUGCCGAUGAAGGCCGAUACAAGAUAGUCGCCUACAAUAAAUUAGGAGAAGACAGCAUUAGCAUGACAUUAUUCGUCUCAGAUGAAAGUGGUAUGGAUUUCAGAUCAAUGCUAAAACGUCGACAAUAUGCAAAAUGGGGCCGUGGAGAUCAAGACCCAGACUGGGGCGGUUUAAAACCAGCGGAACAAGAAAGGAGACCAUCUAUUGGUGACCUCAAAAAAGCGGAUUUCUUCGUGAAAAAUUUGGAAAACCAGCACGUGAAAGAGGGUCGCGAUAAGAAAGUCCGAUUCGAAGCCGUGUUCUCUCGCAGUAACGUGAAAGCAAAAUGGUUCAAGAACAAGCAAGAGAUUUACAUGGGCAAGCGCUACCACAUCAGUUCUCAAGGCGACCUGCAUGUUUUGGAAAUCAACCUCCCAAAUAUGGACGACGAAGCCCGAUACUCUUGCCAAUGCAACGAAGCGAGCUCUUCAGCUUAUUUAGAAGUGGAUGCCCCUGAUCCAGUGUAUAAGAUUAUCAAAAAAUUACCUGGCAAGGUUGAGCAGUAUACGACCAAAGAAGCUGUUCUGGAAUGUACAUGCAAUUCUUCUAAAGCACCUGUCAAAUGGUAUAAAGGAGAUCAGCAAAUUCAGUCCAGCGACAGAUACGUAUUGGAUGGUGAUACUUUCGGCCAUAAGACGUUGAAAAUCCAGAACUGCCGAUUAGAAGAUUCAGGAGAAUACACAUGCAAAAUCAAUGACGAAGAGAAAACGACAACAAAACUUAUUAUAACAGAACAACAGUUCCAGUUCAUGCGCCCACUGAAGAGCAUGAAGGUGAUGGAGAAAGAAAAAGUGGUCUUGGAGUGUGAAGUGGAUGAAUACGAUGCAAUAGUUAAAUGGUUUAAAGGUGAUAAGGAGUUGGUCAAAACUAAAGACAAAAAGUUUGACAUCACUCAAGAAGGUCGAAAGCGAAGGCUCAUUAUCAAGAGCGCCAAAUUAGCAGAUGAAGGAGAAUACACAUGCAAAACGAAUGCCGAUACGACAACAGGCGAACUGAUUGUUGAACCUUCUAAUCGUUUCGUGAAGAAGCUAAAAGACACAUCUGCAGUGGAACGAGAUACAGUCGUCCUGGAGGUUGAAUUGAUGGACAAAAAAGCUCCUGCUGAAUGGUUUAAAGAUGGCCAACCCAUUAAACCAUCCAAUAACAUCAGCAUUAAGUCUUUAGGCGAUGGCAGGCAUCAACUGAUAAUCACCAACUGUCAGAUCGAUGACGCGGGAGAAUACGAAUGCAGAAGCAAGGAACUUUCCUCUUCUGGAAGACUUGCUGUAGGAGAAGGUGAAAAGCCUCCUAAAAUAAGCCGAGAUAAAACAGAAUUCAGUGGAGAUGUAAACAAACCCCUCACUGCUGAAAUUCCGUUCACAAUUCCUGGCACUAAGGUUUCGGAUAUCGCCUCGAAGCUGCUUCGUAAUGGAAAGCCUGUUAUGGCAAAGGACAUUGAAAUUACCGUUAGGAACGAUAAAGUAGUGAUCAUAUUUAGAAAGCCUCCAAGGGAGGCGAGCGGGGAUUACGAACUAUGCUUGUCGAAUGCCACUGGCGAAGACAAAAUGAAAAUCAACUUCAACUUUUUAGAUGUUCCACAACCGCCUCAAGGACCUUUAGAUGUGACCGACAUAUUCCGUGAUCGCUGCAAGCUUUCCUGGAAACCCCCGCUGGACACAGGAGGUAUGCCCCUAAGCCACUACAUGAUUGAGAUGCAGGACAUGGGCGCACGAGGAGGAUGGAUUGAAAUUGGCACGACGGAAAAUACGAACUUCGAUGUCACUGGACUUGUCAAUAAGAAGGAGUACAAAUUCCGUGUGAGAGCAGUCAACAAAAAAGGAGCCUCAGAUCCUCUCGUAUCCGCCAAACCUAUCAUUGCAAAAGAUCCUUAUG